AUGGAACAAGAAGAGCAAUCCUCUCAGCCGGAAAGCACACCGGCGACGCGGCCGAAAUCUCGCUCGGACCAUUUGAAGCGCGUAUCGAGAGCCUGUUUGCAUUGCAGGCAGCGAAAGUCGAAAUGCGAUUUAGAUAGUAACGGCAAUCCUGGAGUACCGCCAUGCCAGCGGUGUCUCCGAGAUGGUCGCGAAUGUAUUUUGGGGAGUUCAAACCGUGGAGGGCGCCGUAUCCGCAAGAACAAAAUGAAGAACUUCACCCCGGAUACAACUCUUUCAGGCCGACGGGAAUCUAUUGUCGAAUCGAUCAGCCCAACAGCUUCAGACAAUCGCCAGUCCACAAAUACCUCAUACCCUGGUCCGGUUGUUUUUGUGCCUCCUAAUCCCACAACAGCGACAUCCAUAUCGGUAGAUGAUGAAGAUACGGCAUCUAUUGGGUCGGUCCCGCGAAAUCCAUCUGAUGCUUGGCAGUGUCUCACAGGCAUUGCCAAAAGAGGUGAUGACGGUCCUACCCCUGAGACGAACACUGAUUCUCUGCGCACAACCCACAGCGCCUUCUCCUUUGGUGCUCUCCAAAAUGGCACUGUAGCCGACUUUCAACCGAACAGUGGGAUUAAGGCUUACAGACUAGUGCAAUCGCGCUCUUUAGACCCGGGCACAGUAUGGCAGUUGGUGGCUCGAUACGCCGAAAAUUUUCAUCCAUAUCUCCCUUUGGUACCGCGGAAAUAUUUUAACCGCAGUGCGCUAGAUUCCUUCGCUACAAAUGAGAAACAUCUGCUCACUGCUGUACUUACAAUCGCAUCGAAGGAUUUAGUCGAACGACCGGAUAUCCAUGAAUACUGCUCAAAAUAUAUGCACGAAUUGAUUUCGGGAAUAGCUGCUGGUGCCGAUUGUGAUGUAGAGGCCGUGGAGGCCCUUCUUCUACUUGCCGAAUGGGAACCACAGGGUCUUCGUCCGCGUAUCGAGCGCGUUGGUCGUGGUGAGGAGGAUCGAGCCGCAUGGAUGCAUGUUGGUCUGGCAUUGCGGUCAGGUUAUUUCCUAGGCUUGGAUCGAACCUCCUUCCGAGGUGAUCCCUCGGGAGAUACGGAGACGGAAGCCCGAAGAAGGCUAGCAUGGACCAGCUGCUACAUUUCGGAUCGGUUAAUAUCUGUCCGUAUCGGACGGGCUUUUUGGUCUCGUGGACCUGGCCCAAUGACAGGCCUUGUCAGUCAAGAUUUCCCUUCUUUACAACCUAUCAAAGAUGGAGAUGAGGAUUACGCGAGAAUCUUCCAAGCAACCUUGGAUCUAACACAACUUUACGGGAAUGUUCAUGACGUGCUUUACUCUGGUAUGCGGACAAGCAACCAAAUGAUGCUUAUGGGGGACUAUGUAAAAUACGUGGAUGAUUUUCGUCUCGCGAUUUUGCGGUGGAAGUCACUCUGGGGUUCAUUGUCCUGCUGCAAUUUCCCAAUCAAUGGUGUCGAAGUUAAAGAACGAUCAGUCACAAAGGGAACAUCUGAGAUCAACAUUCAAUGA